UGGCGAUACUCGUAGUCGUUGCACGGUAACCUUGUAACAGUAGUGGCAAUCGGAAGUGAUAGUGCGCGAGAGGAAAUCAAGAGAGUGAUUAAUGGUGGAAUAAUUGCAUGUAAAGCAAAUAAUAAAAGAAGGAAGGAACGUUCGUUGUUUUAUUGAAUAUAUGGGAUAUUGGUUGGGACAAUAGAUAAUUCGAAUAAAAUUGGCAAGAUGAUAGAAGAAGCUGCUAUGUUCGACAUGACGGACGAAUUGCUGUUCUCCGCGUUGGGCCUGUCCAUGGACACGGGACACGUCGAGAGGCAAUUGUUCUCCUCCGAUCCGGCAACGUACGCGCGCGAAUACGAGGGAUCCUCCUCUUGCAGAACGACGCCGCACAGCGACGACUCGGAGAUCGGCGAUCCCCACGCGACCAACGUCGGGAACGGGAUCGGUUGUUACACGGAUCUCAGUUGCCCGGCCAAGGGGCAAUCGUCGUCGUCGUCUUGGAACGAGUGGUCCGACAACAAUUCGACGUCCUUGUCAGGCACCGGAUGUCUGAGCGAGCUGAGCGAGCUGAGCGAGUUGGACUCCGAGCUGGAAUGGUGCUUGGACAAAGGUUGGAACUCGGGCCUUCCCGAGAGGACGCCGUUGUGCACAGCGGGUUGCGAGGGCUUCCUACACCUGCCCUUGCCGGCCCCCAACAACAACGUUCAACAGGGCGAGGAGCCGUUAUGGGUGCUCGGGAUCGACCUGAGAGCGCUCGACGACACGUUGGAGAUGAGAGAUUACAACAACAAUCGAGUGGAAGGAAAUAUCUCGUCUGCGGCUGCAGCGGCAUUGGCGACGCACGAUUACACUAAUCGUAGUUUGGCGAGCGCGGCGGAAGAUCGAUGCUUCCCUUGUACUUAUCAAGGAUGCGUGAAGGUUUAUGCAAAAGCGUCUCAUCUGAAGGCCCAUCUACGUCGACACACCGGCGAGAAACCGUUCGCGUGCACGUGGUCCGGAUGUGGAUGGCGCUUCAGUCGAUCCGACGAAUUGGCAAGGCAUCGACGAUCCCACUCGGGCGUGAAACCUUAUCCCUGCGAGAUGUGCUCGAAAAGGUUCGCGCGCAGCGAUCAUUUGGCCAAACAUCGCAAAGUACACAGGAAAAACGCGUAUUCGUUAUUUCACGGAGGUAGAGGUCUGCGUGGAGGAAAGAUGAAUUCAAUUCUACCAGCGGAGAUUUAGUCUUAAUUUUUUUUUUUUUUUGUCUAUGUCUGUAACGUAAUUAAUAAGAAUGAUUUCGAAAUGGGGAGGGACUUUCCUUCCAGAUUUUCCGAAUCAAGCAACUUCGUUAUUUUCUUAGGAUGAUAUUUAAUCGCGAAGAGAAAUUGUAUUUCGCUCUUGACGCGUGAAUGAUCGAUGGAAAAUAAUUUCCAUGUAGAAAUUUUACACGUAAAUAUAUUUUUUUAAUGAUUGAUUUGAAGCGAGACAAUUACCUAAUUAAUAUAACGAUAAUAUCAAUAUCGACGAAAGAGAUCGAAUAAGAUUACUCGUGUAAUCUCUUUCUUCUAGAAUGUUGAACUGAAUUAAGUGACAAACUUUAUAAAAUGACAAUAAAUAUUGUUAAAAAUA